AGUUUUUGUAUAACGAAUGCAACUUACAGGCAGUAAACCUUUUACCAGAGUUUUUGCACAACAAAUGUGACUUACAGACAGAGAACCUUUUACCAGAGUUUUUGCACAACAAAUGCGACUUAUAG